CCGGGUCCGAUGGCGAUGAACUGCAACGCCAAGGACGAGGUGGAUGGCGGGCCCCCGUGCGCGCCGGGGGGCGCCGCGAAGACGCGGAGGCCGGACAACACGGCCUUCAAGCAGCAGCGGCUGCCCGCCUGGCAGCCCAUCCUCACGGCUGGCACCGUGCUGCCGACGUUCUUCGUCGUCGGCCUCAUUUUCAUCCCCAUCGGCAUCGGCAUCUUCGUCACCUCCAACAACAUCCGCGAGGUCGAGAUCGAUUACACCGGAACAGAGCCUUCCAGCCCCUGCAAUAAGUGUUUGAACCCAAAUGUGACACGUUGCGUUUGCACCAUUAACUUCACUCUGGAAAAGGCAUUUGAGGGCAAUGUGUUUAUGUAUUAUGGCCUGUCUAAUUUUUAUCAAAAUCAUCGUCGUUAUGUGAAAUCUCGAGAUGAUAGUCAGCUAAAUGGAGAUUCUAGUGCUUUGCUUAAUCCCAGUAAGGAGUGUGAGCCUUAUCGAAGAAAUGAAGACCUGCCAGUGGCUCCCUGUGGAGCUAUUGCCAACAGCAUGUUUAAUGAUACCUUAGAGUUGUUUCUGGUCUCCAAUGAGUCUGAUCCCACACCUACACCUAUUACUUUGAAAAAGAAAGGCAUUGCCUGGUGGACAGAUAAACACGUGAAAUUCAGAAACCCUCCUGGAGGAGGAAGCCUAGAAGAACGAUUCAAAGGAACAACAAAGCCAGUAAACUGGCUUACACCAGUGUACAUGCUGGAUUCGGAUGAGGACAACAAUGGCUUCAUCAAUGAGGACUUCAUCGUUUGGAUGCGCACUGCGGCAUUACCUACUUUCCGGAAGCUGUAUCGUCUCAUAGAACAGACGAGUGAUUUGCGUCCGACGUUGCCCGCUGGGCAGUACUAUUUGAACAUCACAUACAAUUACCCUGUGCAUUCUUUUGAUGGACGAAAACGGAUGAUCUUGAGCACUAUUUCAUGGAUGGGAGGAAAAAAUCCAUUUUUGGGAAUUGCUUACAUCACUGUUGGAUCUAUCUCUUUCCUUCUGGGCGUUGUUCUGCUAGUAAUUAAUCAUAAAUAUAGGAAUAGUAGUAACACCACUGACACCAUGGCGUUUUGAGGUUGGCACAUAAAACUUUUUUAAAGAACAGUCUUUAACCUUUGCUUCUUUCCUAUGGAUGACAUAUAUGAUGGAUAUAAUUAUUAGAUAUAUUGAUUAUAUGAACACUAUAACAACUUGCCUUUUAAUGUUCGCUUCUUAUUGGGACAGUCCACAUGAUGCAUAGAGCUUUCCUGUGAAAUGUGCUUACUGCUUAAAUGUGGAUGCUGUCGAUGCUGUAUUGGCAAAUGCUGUACAUCUGUGCCCAUUGUGUAUUGGAAGAGAUUAUAAGGUACGUGAAUAUGAUCACUUGACAGCCUUUGACAGCCUUUCAGAUUCGAGUAGUCAAAGAAAGAUGGAGAAAGACUAAAUCUAAAUAAAACAUGCCUUCAUGACCAUGUGCCCUGGGUAAAGGCGGAAAGGACUGUCUUUGUUUAGUAUUUCAUGUAUUGAGUUAGUCAAUUGUGGUUUUUGAUCAAGUGUGGCAUUGAUUUCAAAGAUGUGUGUGUGUGUCUUGUCUGUUAUGGAAAGUCAUGCACAUGUCUAAAGAGGGCAGGAGUGUCCUGAACAGGAUUUAUUUAUUUACUUUAUUUUUAUUUUUAUUUUUUUGAUAGAACCAGGGAUUGAACUCAGGCCCUUGCACUU